UUGCGUUAUUACACAUUUUCAAGCAAGGUACUAUAAAAAUGUGAGAAAUAUAUAUUUAUGUGAAGGCAUUUUUACACUUUUUAGUUCAAACUUGAAUUUAAUGUGUUGCAUGUUUUGUACUAUACAAAAAAAAAUCACGGGAAAGAAAUUGUUCAAUUUAUAUUUUUUAGUGCAAAAUACCAAGUUUGACACAAUUAAAACAUAAGAUAUGUAAACCUUUCUGACUCACAACCCAGCAGUAACCCACGCAGGACAAUAGGAAUAUAUAUAUAUAUAUAUAUAUAUAUAUAUAUAUAUAUAUAGACACACACACACAUAAUUAAUGUACACUAACUCCAUAUAAAAUGAUUGCGUUAUUACACAUUUUCAAGCAAGGUACUAUAAAAAUGUGAGAAAUAUAUAUUUAUGUGAAGGCAUUUUUACACUUUUUAGUUCAAACUUGAAUUUAAUGUGUUGCAUGUUUUGUACUAUACAAAAAAAAAUCACGGGAAAGAAAUUGUUCAAUUUAUAUUUUUUAGUGCAAAAUACCAAGUUUGACACAAUUAAAACAUAAGAUAUGUAAACCUUUCUGACUCACAACCCAGCAGUAACCCACGGAGGACAAUAGGAAUAUAUAUAUAUAUAUAUAUAUAUAUAUAUACACACACACACACACACACACACAUACAGUAUAUACAUGUAUAUAAAUUGAACAAUUUUCAUCCCAUGACUUUAGUAUAGUAAAAAAGAUUAAUCCAAGUUUGAAUAAAAAAGUUAAAAAAAAAAUGGCUUCACAUAAAUGACAAAAAGAAUGAAAAAUAUUUUGUCAUGGCAUCAGAAAACAUCUAAGUUGCGCCACUAGGAGGCGACACAGGACAGACGCAAUGCCCAUACAGUCCACCAGGAGGAGUCCUCACAGGCGGGUGAGAGGUAGCAGAAGUUGUUUUUUAUGAAAAAAGCAUUAAAUAUUUGAAUGCUUUGGAACAUCUGGCUUGGCUUUCUCUGUCUUUCAAUGUCUGCUUCAGGUUAUCUUGCGCCAUCACCUGAUUGGUCCAAUUUUCCCACCACACCCCCAACAUAAAAACAAAAGUCAAACAUUUCUCUACGGGUCAGUCCAGUCGGCGUUGACGGCAAAAGCGAACCUAAAAUCAAAUUUUAUUCUGAAUUUUGACUUUUUUAAAAAUCAUAUUUCAGAACUUUUUUUUUUUCAAACCCACGUCAAUCCAAAGCGUACAAGAUGGCGCACGCGUGCAGGCAGGUGAGCGGAAGUGUGGCGAGCUGCGCCGGCUGGGUGGGCCUCAUCGUCGCCACGGCGACAAACGACUGGGUGAGAACGUGCGACUACAGCGUGGCCACCUGCGUGCGCAUGGACGAGCUGGGCUCCCGCGGGCUGUGGGCCGAGUGCGUCAUCUCGCCCGCCCUUUACCACUGCGCCGCCCUCGCCCAGACCCUUAAUCUGCCCGCUUACAUCCAGACGUCUCGUGCUUUGAUGGUGUGUGCGUGUCUCUUGGGCCUUCCCGCCAUGUUGCUGGUCCUCGUGUCCACUUCCUGCGUGCGGCUGCUGCACGACUCCCCCGCCAUUAAGCAGCGGCGUGCCCGUGUGGGCGGCGGGCUCUUACUCCUUAUGGGUGUGUGUGGCCUGGUGUCCACCGUCUGGUUCCCCGUCGGUGCUCACCAAAACGAGGCCCUGAUGUCGUUCGGCUUCUCGCUCUACACCGGCUGGGUGGGCGUGGCGCUCUGCUUCCUGGGCGGCUCGGCGGUCUUGUGUUGCCCCGCCCCCGCUGACCCCGGGGCCUUCAGCAGGGAGAGCAGUUUCUUCUACUCCAGACAGCGAGGGGGCGCCGUGGCGCUGGACCGCCCCGCCAACCACGCCAAGAGCGUGCACGUGUGAGGGGGGCGUGGCCCAGAUGCUCGCGCUGAUUAGCUCAAGAAGCAAUUCUCGGGAUUUAGCAACAUAAUUAAUGCAUGAGCUAUUAUGUUGCUGUGACA